AUGGAAGAGCCUAGCAUUGGAUGGGUAGGCCUGGGCAACGCCGGCUACCCUAUGGCUGCCUGCCUCGCAAAGAAGGGUCACAGGCUGCUUGUCAGAGAUGCAGACCCAGCGCGAGGCAUCGAGUUCGUCGAGGAGUAUCCGAAAUCAAGGGUGGCCACAUCGGAGCCAGACAGUUUUCAAAAUUGCGAAGUUGUCAUCACAAUGCUGCCGAAUGGAAAAGUUGUCUAUGAUGUGCUACUGGGCGCGAACGGCAUCGCUCCACACCUAAAGCCAGGAUCGGUUGUCGUUGACACUAGCUCGUCUUCACCAUUCGACACCAGAGCUCUGGGCCUCGAACUGAGCCGGUUACGAGUCGAUCUUGUAGACUCACCCAUCACUCAGGAGCAGCUGCAUGCCAUUGAUCAAGGAGGUGCCACGUUGAUGGUCGGCGCCGACUCAACUGAAGCGCUCGAGAAAGUCAUGCCGAUGUUGAAGGACAUGAGCACGCACGUCUUCCCUAUGGGCGGCCUUGGAGCUGGGCACACCAUGAAGACGCUCAACAAUUACGUCAGCAUUGGAAGCAUCAUCGCGCUCAACGACGCUUUAGUAACCGGCCAAAAGCUUGGCCUCGACCCGCAAACCAUGAUCGAUGUGAUGAACGUCGGUACUGGCGUCAACUUCUCAACAAAAUACUCGCAAAAGAACCUCAAAUCGUACGACACUGGCUACCAGCUUGAACUACUUGUCAAAGAUGUCAAAAUUGCAAAGGACGUGAUCGAAAAAUCAGGCUUCCAGACUGAGCUACCAGCACUGGCUGAGAGAUACCUUGAAGAUUCACUAAAAGUGGUUGGUAAAGGAGCUGACCACGCAGAGAGUCUGAAGAGCUGGGAGCAGAGAGCUGAGGUGGAAAUCAAGAAGACGGAAAAGAGAGAGGAAGAGCGGAAUCUGCGCACUAUCUAG